CUGUCAGCAAUGAGAGCGCUCGUGCUCGCCCUGAUUCUGGCCUUUGUGGCUGGUGAUCUUCAACAUCAAGAUCCUGUUUUUGAAGCUGGUAAAACCUACGUGUACAAGUAUGAGGCGCUGCUCCUGGCGGGCCUGUUAGAGAAAGGUUCAGCGAGAGCUGGACUAAAUAUCAGCAGCAAAGUUAGCAUCAAUGCUAACGACCAGAACACAUAUUUCAUUAAGCUUGAGGAACCUGAGCUCCAGCAGUAUAGUGGAAUUUGGCCUGAGGAUCCUUUUAUCCCAGCAACUGAGCUGACUUCAUCCCUCCAAGCUGAGCUCACGACUCCCAUUAAGUUUGAGUAUGUCAACGGUGCUGUGGGAAAAGUCUUCGCCCCUGAAACCGUCUCAACAACAGUGCUUAACAUCUACAGAGGUAUCCUGAAUGUCUUUCAGCUCAACAUCAAAAAGACACUAAAUGUCUACGAGUUGCAGGAGGCUGGAACUCAGGGUGUGUGCAAGACACUUUACUCCAUCACUGAGGACACAGAGGCUGAACGUGUCUAUCUGAGAAAGACCAGAGAUAUGAGCCACUGUCAAGAAAGAAUAACUAAAGACAUGGGGUUAGCAUACACAGAGAAAUGUGGAAAGUGCCAGGGGGACACUAAAAACCUGAAAGGAGUUUCAUCAUACAGUUACAUCAUGAAACCACUCGAUAAUGGCAUCCAGAUCAAGGAGGCAUCGGUCCAUGAGCUGAUCCAGUUCUCACCUUUCAGCGAGCAGCAUGGAGCUGCCCAUAUGGAGACCAAGCAAUCCUUGAUGCUCCUUGAGGUUGGAACACCCCCUUAUGCACCCACUACGCCACCACCCCUGGCUCCGUAUUCACACCGUGGAAAUCUCACAUAUCAAUUCUCCACUGAGCUUCUUCAGUUACCCAUUCUGCUCCUCAAUAUCAAUGACACAGAGUAGAGCCUAACAAAGGAAAGCAACAUCGUGAGAAACCCAGUUCUGCGCCAGAUUGUAUUCCUUGGCUACGGCACCAUGAUUUAUAAACACUGCUAUGAGAGGACUUCCUGUUCUGCUGAGCUCAUACAGCCCAUUCAAGACCUUCUUGCACAGGCUCUGAAAGAUGGAAACACAGACGACAUCAUCCUGUUCGUGAAGGCUUUGGGAAAUGCUGCGCAUCCUUCUAGCCUCAAGACAAUUACAAAGAUGCUGCCCCUACAUAGUAAAUUAGGUUCAUCACUGCCAGUGAGAGUUCAUGCUGACGCCAUGAUGGCCUUGAGGAACAUCGCCAAAAAGGAGCCUAAAACGGUCCAGUAUUUAGCCUUUCAGCUCUACGGGGAUAAGACUCUUCAUUCAGAGAUCCGCAUGCUUGCGUGCAUGGUGCUCUUUGAGACAAAACCUUCAAUGAGUUUGGUGUCAGCUGUUGUUCAUAUUGUGAAGACAGAUACAAAUUUGCAAGUAGCAAGCUUCACCUAUUCCCACAUGAAGUCCCUGACUAGGAGCACCAGCGUCAUUUAUGCCUCAGUUGCUGCAGCAUGCAAAGCUGCCCUGAGAAUGUUGGGCCCAAACCUGGACAAACUGAGCUCACGUUUCAGCAAAGCCAUCCACGUCGACGUCUAUAACAGUCUCUUUAUGCUUGGUGCUGCCGCGACUGCUUACUACAUCAAUGAUGCUGCCACCAUCAUGCCCAAAUCUAUUACGACUAGGAUCAAGGCUUUCUUCGCUGGAGCUGCUGCUGACAUUCUGGAGGUGGGAGUAAGAACUGGGGGACUACAGGAGGCUUUUCUGAAAAACCCAGCAGUUUUUGAUAGUGCUGACAGGGUCACCAGGAUGAAACAUGUCAUCAAGGCUCUCUCUCACUUGAAGUCUGCACCCAACAGCAAACCCCUGACUUCCAUCUACGUCAAGUUUUUUGGACAAGAAGUCGCCUUUGUUGACUUUGACAAAAACUGGUUUGACAACACCUUUAAUCUCAUCUUUGGCAAUAACGAUGCUGACACGUUUGGUAGAGAAGUUUUCAAGGCUCUGCAGUCUGGUCCUACUUGGCGCUUUGUUAAGCCUCUGCUGGCUAAUGAGGUGAGACGUAUCAUGCCUACUAUAGCUGGUUUUCCCAUGGAGCUCGGUCUGUACACUGCUGCAGUGGCUGCUGUUCGUGGUCAAAUGAAAGUCACGACAACUCCAGCUCUGCCAGAAGACUUUUAUCUCAGACACCUUCUCAAGGCAGACGUAUACAUUAGUACCAAGGUCACGCCAAGUGUGGCUGUGAACACAUUUGCUGUGUUCGGGGUAAACACUGCCAUACUCCAGGCUGUCAUGGUAUCAAGAGCCGAACUCUACUCCAUUGCUCCUGCCAAAACUGAGGUCACAUUUAACAUCCAUGAGGGCUACUUAAACUUCACAGCUCUUCCUGUUUCAGUGCCUGAAAACAUCACAGCUGUGGAGGUUGAGACUUUUGCUGUGGUAAGAAAUCCUGUUUCGGGAGAAAGUAUCACUCCUGUGAUCCCUGCCAACCCAAGACAGAUUCUUAUAUCAAAUAACACUUCUUCUGAUGCUACUGAUGAGUCAAGAUCUGCAGAGUUCAUUUCUCAACGUCAGACAGCUGGCAUGCACAUCAAAUAUAAAUUGGUGAAGAGUAAGAAGAAGUACUGCGCUCAGACUGUUAACGUUGGACUCAAGGCCUGUCUCAAGAUUGCCACGGCUCACAUGGGGGAUGCUGCAGUGUAUAAACUGGCUGGAAAGCACUCUGCUGUUUUUUCUGUCAUACCAAUCGAAGGUGAAGCUGCUGAGAGACUGGAAUUAGAGGUUCAACUUGGAAGUAAGGCUGCACAGAAGAUCAUCAAACACAUCACCCUUAGAGAAGAAGAAAUCCCCGAGGAAACACCAGUCUUAAUGAAGCUCCACAAAAUCCUGGCCUCUACCCAGAAGAAUAGCACCAUGUCCUCCUCCUCUUCGUCCUCCAGUUCCAGCUCUCGCCUUCCUGUCAGAUCCUCUUCCUCUAACUCCACUUCAUCCUAUUCUGGCAGGAAGACCAUUGAUGCAACUGCUCAACAAGUCCAGUUGCUGAAAAGACGUUACAGCAGCAGCAGCAGCAGUAGUAGUAGUAGAAGGAAGUACCGCCGUCAACCUGCGAGUCAUCGCCACACAUCGAAGGAGAAUCACAAAGAGAAGCACAAAGAAAAUCACAAAGAGAAGCACAAAGAGAAGCACAAAGAGAAACACAAGAAAAACCACAAGGACCACAAGACUCCACAUCACACCUCUAAAGCCACAUCGUCCGAGGUUUUCAAAAGCAGAAGAAGUGGCUCAAGCUUGGACGCUAUCCAACAUAAGAAGCGGUUUCUUGACAGUCAAGCUGCCGUGUUUGGCGUGAUCUUCCGUGCUGUUAAAGCUGACAAGAAGCAGGGAUACCAGUUCAUUGCUUACAUGGACAAAACCACCAGCAGACUUCAAAUCAUUCUAGAUGACAUUGUUCCUGAUAACAACUGGAGGCUCUGUGCUGAUGGAGCCGUGUUGAGCAUGCACAAAGUCAAAGCUAAAAUUAACUGGGGAGCAGAAUGCAACCAAUAUGACACCGCGAUUACAGCGGAAACUGGUCUUGUCGGUCGAAACCCUGCAGCUCGGUUGAAGGUGGACUGGAAUCGGUUACCGUCUGAUCUCCAGCAUCGUGCAAAGACGAUGUAUAAGUACAUUUGUGCUCACGUGACAGCCGGCUUGAUUCAGGAAAAGGACAAAAACAGCGACAAGCAGCUCUCGCUUACUGUGGCUGUAAUAUCUGACACGAUCAUCGACCUGAUUUGGAAAACACCGAGAAGCACUGUUCAUAAGCGGGCUUUGCAUCUUCCCAUCACUCUGCCAAGUAACGAGAUCAAAGAUCUUACUUCCUUCAGUGACGUCUCUGGAAAGGUCAAGCACUUGUUAGCUGCGGCUGGCGCAGCUGAAUGUAGCUUCACCGGCAAUACACUGACCACAUUCAACAACAAGAAAUUAAAGAACGAGAUGCCCUCAAACUGCUAUCAGGUUCUGGCGCAGGAUGGCACAGACGAGCUGAAAUUCAUCGUUCUGCUGAGGAAAGAUCGCACUGGACAGAAGCAGAUCAGUGUGAAGAUUGCUCACAUAGACAUUGACCUCUAUCAGAGGAGAACCAGUGUGACUGUGGAUGUGAACGGGCUGGAAAUACCCACGAGCCACCUGCCGUAUCAUUAUCCCCGAGCUGACAUCCAGAUCAAACAAAGUGGCGAAGGCAUCUCUGUAUAUGCAGCUAGCUUUGGUCUUCAUGAAGUCUACUUUGACAAGAAGUCAUGGAAGAUUAAAGUUGUGGACUGGAUGAAGGGGAAGACUUGUGGGCUCUGCGGAAAGGCUGACGGGGAGACCAUGCAGGAGUAUCGCACACCCACUGGAUGGAUAGCCACGACAGCAGUUAGCUUUGCUCAUUCUUGGAUUCUGCCAGCUGAGAGCUGCAGAGACGCCGCUGAGUGCCGUAUGAGGCAUGAAUCGGUGCAGCUGGAGAAGCAGGGAAACAUGCAAGCUCAGAACUCCGAGUGCUACUCUGUCGACCCUGUACUGCGCUGCAUGCCUGGGUGCUUCCCUGUGCGCACCACCAACGUCACUGUUGGCUUCCACUGCCUUCCAGCUGGUUCCAGCCCCUCCAGCAUGUAUAAGAGCGUGGACCUGAUGGAAACUACGGAGAGUCACCUCGCUUGCACCUGCACAGCUCAGUGUGCUUAACAACAGCACUGUCAGUCUCAGUCUGUACCGAAUAAGACUGUUUAUUACAUUUAUUGUAACACAGAGACAAUAGAAAUGAGAUCAUCUGUGAAAUAAAGUGUGAAGCUGAACGCACCCAUAUAAA